CUGUGUCUGUUAUUUAAUUAAAGUCAGAAAAAAUGUCAUAACUUGACGAUAGUUUGGUGUAAUGUUACCCAGACAGUUACUUUGAAUAAUUACUUCUUCUGUAAAAUUACCAGCCGGAGAUACGGAGGACUGAAGAGCGACAAUGUCGGAGGAAAACACUGGCUCUCUUCCUGAAAAGGUUGAGAACACACAGUCUGCUACACAGGGGAAAGGUAAACCUAAAAAAAAAAAAACUAAUACUACUACAAAUACUACUUCUACUACUACUUCUACUACCACUGUUACUACUACUAGUAAAAUGACUUAAUCCAAUAUUUUUUCUCUCCUCCUGUCAGAUACCAGAAACUCAGCGAUGAAGCAGGAGACUGAGGAGGAAUCAGAGAAGAAGCUUCCUGCAGACAUGAACUACAAGUAUAAGGAGCUUCACUCCAGACCAUUCAUCACACCGGACUCUGACAUCCCAGAAAACCUCCUGUACCUCUCGUAUCCUUCAGUGAGAAUUGAGUUUCAUCAAACUUGGGAAAGGGGAUAAACAAAAAGUGAAUCUGCAGAUAAUUCUUGUAAUUGUUGAAUUUACUAGCUUUGUGAUAAGCAGGGUCGCUGACCAGGGGGGACAACCGGGUCAGGCGAACCCGUAAGCUGACCUGCAUAACAAGUCUGAAAUGAAAUUUUGACAUAUAACCUUAAAAAUUAUAUGCACCUUAACAAUAAUAUAUACCCUACUAGUGCAAAAGGCCAUAUUUACUAGAAAUAUUUUUAUCUAAAAAAAAAAAAAAACCUCCCUGAAUUUGACCAGAUCUUUAACCCACCUUACGUACAGACAUUCCUUUGGUUAUGACAGUGGACGUAGGGGGAACCUGCAGCUGCUGGAUGACAGAACUCUGAUAUUUAUUGCUGGAAACAUUCUGGUCCUCCUAGAUGUUUUCACCAAAGAGCAGAGAUACCUCCGCUCCAGCAGUGGAGGAGGAAUUGGCUCCAUCACGGUAAGAUAGUUAAAAGCGAUAAUGUUACUGUGAAGCUACAGCCUGUAUGUAUCUGAACUGUUGUACUCAUCUGCGGUGGAUUUAAUUUUUUUGUGAAUUUUCCACUUGAAUAACAGUCUCAAAAUUUUCAUGAUGGGAUAAAAACUUAGUAGAGGACUGUGACGCAUCAUUCAUCCUGGAUAAGUUCUGCUCAAAAGAUUUUAUUUAACUGUGAAAAAUCAAAUCCAACCUGAAAAGAGCAAACAUGAUAUGUUCAGAAAACUAGCAAGAUCAAUGAAAGACAUUACUGUAUUUGGACUAAGGGGGUUCAUCUUUAAAACAGUGGUACUGUAGAAAUAAAAAACAAAAACAUUCAAGUCAUCGAUCAGAACAGAAGUUUAAGCAAAUAUUCAAAACAAAUCUAACAUAGUCAACAAGAAACAAAGGAACAUCUAUUCUUCUGUGUUGUUUUGAGUGUCUCGGGCCGGAUUUAAAGAAUUAAGUUGACUAAAUUCAAACCUUGCUGUCACUCUUUUUAAGAAAAGGUUAAAAGAUGACAGGAAAGAGGUGAGACAGAGAUGGAUGUGAGAUCCAAAAACCUUUUGACUGCUUGGGUGCAUUUCUUCACCAAAACAAUUUAGUCAGAUGAAUGUGGAGGAAAACAAAGGCCUAAUAUUACUCAACAGUAUUGUCUUAACUUAUUUCUAUUGAUGUUUGUGUGUCUGCAUGUUCAGACACAUCCCAGUAAGGAGUACUUUGCUGUAGCAGAGAGGGGAGACCAUCCCUUCAUCAUAGUGUAUGAAUAUCCCUCAUUACGACCAUAUCGGAUCCUCAGAGGUAAACAGGACCAAAAGGAUUUAAGUUAUUAUUCCUUUUUUCAGUUUAGAUGUUUGUCAUUGAUCAGUGAUUAUAUUUCAACUGUCAUGUCUGUAGGCGGCACAGAGCGGGCGUACAGCCAUGUGAGUUUUAGCCCAGAUGGGCGCCUGCUGGCCAGCGUGGGGAGUGAUCCUGACUACAUGCUGACACUGUGGGACUGGAAGAAGGAGGAAGUGACGCUGAGCUGUAAGGCCAUUUCUCAAGAAGUGUAUCGGGUCAGCUUCUCCCCGUAUAUCCCAGGACUACUCACAUCAUCAGGAUCUCAUCACAUCAAGUAAAAGACUAACUGAUUCCUCCUUAAACCCUGUCACACUGUUAAACUCUGCUGUGAUUGAAAUGAUCCGUUUCCUCUUAGUAUUUGAUUGGCAACAAAUGGAGAUGUUUGGAAAUGACUCUCAGGUUUUCAAGUGCUUUUUUAAAAAACACAUUUUCACUCUUUAUCAGGUUCUGGAAAAUGGCCAGCACAUUCACAAGUCUUAAGUUGCAAGGGCUGAUGGGGCAUUUCGGGAAAACCGCAGCAACAGAUAUUGAGGGCUACGUGGAACUCCCCGAUGGAAAGGUGUGUGUUACUACACUGACAAGUCAGAUCAAUGCAGGACGACAUCUUUAUAAUUCUGAGACAAAGUAGGAUUAUUUUAGACCUUUUAAACACUGCGCUGCUAUCAAACUGUUAUCAUAAAGUGAAACAGAUUUCAUUUACAGGGUAAACAUCCUCAGAUUCAUACUUUUGGGUCAAAAAUGGUCUGAAAAAUGUACCUACAAUUUUAAUGCUAAAGGAAAAGAUGUUUCAAGCUCUGUCAUCUCACAAAUACCAAAAGUUCUUGUCAGAAUUUUAAGUUUUCAGGCAGCUAAAUGUGCGAGUAUAAAUAAAGUUUGGGGAUUGUAAUACUACACAUUUUUUCUUAUUUUUUAAAUUCUUUGUAGUCCCUUUGUAGUGACAGUUCAGGAGUCCUUAAAAGUGUCAGAUCUCUUCCCUCAGAGGAUAGCAUUGUCCUUUUUUUUCUUUGCAAUUUUAAAAUUCAAUUUUGUGAAAUCAUGUGACAAAAUGAAAUGCUGCACUUUCAAAGUCUGAUUUUGUAUCCCACAAAUAUUUUGGUGUUCAAAAAUCCUCUGCGAUGUUUAAAGGAAGAUGAAUAUUUAUCUCUGAAGUUGUCUCCUGUAAGGUGGUGUCCGGCUCAGACUGGGGCAACUUGCUGCUGUGGGACGGGAACGCCAUUAAGGUAGAGAUUUGCCGUAAAGAGGGGAGGAACUGCCAUGCUGGGAAGGUCCAGCCGUUUGUCCUGGAAGAUGGUCAGCUGAUGACGAUUGGCUCUGAUGGAGUGGUCCGGGUAAGAUACUUACAAUAACCAUGACUAAAGUAAUAUAUUACUUAGGAGGAAAUGUGACACAAAAAUAAAAGGUGAAGAGAUACAUUUAUUUGAUCCAGAAGGCGAUGGGUCAGCAUCACUGUGGCACUGCUCUUAAAGAAGGUGGUUAAUACUAGUAACUAUUGGUUUAUGGUCUGGAAACAAGUAUAAGUUUUAAGAUGCAAUCAAUCAAACCAAAAUGAUUAUUAUUAUUAUUGUUAUCAACCCUUCUACUCCGCUCUCCUGCAGGGCUGGGACUUUGAGGGCAUCGACUCAGCUGACAGUAACGGACACAGCAGCAGGUUUGAGAUGGAGCCCAUGAAUGAGAUGGUGGUCGGACACAAUGUCUGCCUCUCCUCUGUGGUGAAGAGCUCAACGCCAGACUCUUUUGUCUGGUUUGCACAGGUUAGAAAACUCAAGAAGGUCACCACAUCAGCCCAUUCAAAAUCAAACCAAACAGAUGAUGCAGUCCCAACACUGAGGUCAUGUCGGUGUUUUUUUUUUUAGGAUUCCAGUGGAGCCAUCUGGAAACUGGAUCUUUCAUUCACCUACACAGUGAGUGAGCCACACUUAGUGCUUGACUUUCCUGAGCUUUUUUACAAUGCGAUACGAUACGAUACAAUACGAUACGAUAAACUUUAUUUUCCCCUUACGGAAAUUGGUCUUGGACUCCAAGAGCUGCACAGAUAAAGCUGCCAAUUGAUGACACAAAGUAUUAGACCCAACGAAGACACAGUCACACAACCCACGCACACUGCACAUACACAUAUUGCACAAGCAUCUCAUAGAAAUGGUCAAAAGAAACACAGCAAGUGAAGACAAGGAAAACAAGACCAAAAAGGAAAUAAUAAGAUAACACCAUGACAUUAUUGGACAAUCCGGCUAUAUUUUAGGAAACAUUAUUUAAAUAUCUAAUUGAGGUGGGAAGGAAUGAGUGUUUAAAACAAUUGUAAUGAAGCAGCCUCUCAUGUCUACAUAAAGAAUGGUUGAGUUGAGAUGGAGCACAUGUACCAGGGAUGGUGCAUCACAAAAGUUUGUAAGAUGAGCCACGAGGAGUUAUAAAGUUAAAAUGGUCCAGCCAGUGGAAAGCUAUGUUGCACAUGAUCGUGUAAGAUUGAAUCUAGCUGUAAAAGAAUUGAGAAGAUACUGGGAUAACAGCUGAUGUGUGGUCUCUCUGUGUGUGUGCAGACUCCAGAUCCAGAGUGUCUGUUCUCGUUCCACGCUGGGCCGAUCCAGGGCCUGGACAUGUCGAGGAAAUCUCACCUGAUGGCUACGACCGCUACUGACCGUGAGUAACACACACACCUCCAGGCAUGCACACAAACUGAACAAGCACGCUAAAAACUGGAACUCUUUCUGUGUCGUCUCCAGGCUCGAUAAAAGUUUUUGACCUCCUGGCGAAAAAAGAGCUGACCACGAGCCGCUUCAAUCAGGGGGGAACUGCUCUCUGCUGGGCUCCAACUUUGGUCAGUGUGUUAGCAUGGAAAUAAGGAACGCUAACAAAUCCAGUUCACUGUGCACAACAAAAACUGACUCCACCUGUUUGUGCAGGUGAACCAAAGUGGCGGUCUACUAGUGACAGGGUUUGAGGAUGGAGUGGUCCGGUUGCUGGAGCUGUUCAACCCUCAAAGGCUUCAUCUGGUCAGUGGGAGGAGUCCUAAAGGAGAUGCAAAACUUCGCCUGAAGCAGGCCUUCAAACCCCACAAUGCACUUGUGACUGCUGUGGCAUAUGAACGAAAUGGAGAAAUCUUAGCCACUGGGGUAAACUGUAAACUCUUACAUUUACUCUGACCAGACCCUGAAGUAGAUAAUAGUUUUAUUUUGUACUCUGUUGUUCUUUAUAUCACAUUUUUACUUCCUACUCAGAGCUCAGACUGCACCGUGUUCUUCUUCACUGUUGGAGAAAAAUACAAGCCCAUUGGUUUUAUCCAGGUCCCUGGGCCUGUGCAGGCGCUGGAGUGGUCCCCCCAUUCCCAUGUCAGUACGGUGCCUCCAGCUCACAUUUAGUGUAACAUUUCUGUGAUGAGAGAUCAUUGAUCCAAACACUUUCUUUACAUUUUCUACACAGAGUGAAAACAGGCUGCUCAUCCUGUGCCAGAAUGGUCAUGUGGUCGAGGUGCAGAGUCCAAAUCCAGAGGCGCAGAAACCAACUAAAACCUUCCAGCUGUCAAUGCCCAGCAAAUCUUUCAGAUUCAGGAGCAUCAAAUCACAGAUCAAGGUCCAUAAAAUCUUAAUUAUACUAAUUUGUGUGGCUGUUACUGUGUCCUCUCCCCUCUUUGAGUUUAUCCACAAGGAUUGCUGUUGAGCGGCAGAUCUCUUACGUUUCGAUUUGUGUGUUCAGCGAGAGGAAGAAAUCACAAGACGUCAGAGAGUAAAGGAAAAGAAGAAGGAAGAGAGAGAAAAGAGGCUGAAAGAAUCAAAGCAGCUAGAUGGAGAGCAAGAGGAGGAAGAAGAAGAGAAGGAGGAAGAGGAGGAACUGCCCCCUAUCUACAUCCCACACACUCCGAGUCCUCUCUACUGUGGCUUCUACUCUCAACCUGGACAGUUUUGGCUGUCUAUGGUACGAACAGACAGAAACACACAAACAAUCACACAUUUUGUAUUUCUCAACAUUCAAGAGACAGUAAUUAACCAUAUUCCUUAAAUACAAAACCUGGUAUCCGUGAUGUUCAGACGUCUAAUUUGAUCUUUUCUUUUAAAAUUGUGUUUUUUUUAGAUCCCAUUCAAUCAUCAACAAUCAUUUUAAGUCCAGAGGUUGAUUUAUGAGCAAAAAACUGGCAUGAAAUGAGGACUUUAAGUGAACUAUAGUCUAAAACACUCUAACAGCCUUUCAGUCAGUCAGCUCAGAUUCAUGAUGGUUUGAACUGUUUGCACCUUGUUGUUUGCAUUUUAGCUUGGAUCUCUUUGCUUUUUGCGGAUUUGUUCUCUGUGCAGAAAUUUAAGGAAAGACGAGAUAAUGUCCCAUAACCCUUAAUCAGGAGCCGAAGAGAUACUGUUGUCUUUUCCUCAAAGAAUAUGUCUUUUCUUUUCUCUUCUGCAGGGAGGUUUUGAUGCAGGUUUUUUGUAUCACUGUAAGUUCUCCGAAAACCAAGACCAGGAUCCAGACCAGCAGCAGGAUGAACCCUUUGGCUUUGUGCCGAUUCAGAAUGCAGAUGAAGACCCCAUCUGCUCUAUCACCUUUAGGUAUCUAGAGGGCAAACUUAGCGUGGGUUGUUCUGAUAGGCUGUGUGUCACUAAACCUAGAAAACAAGGUUGAAAGGAAGUGACCAUUUCUUUGUCUUUGAGCAGAAAGAGUUAAAAAUUGGAUUGUUAUAGAGGAGACUUUUUAAAAACCACAAGACUUUAAUCUGUUUACGUUUUUUUCUUCACUGUGUUUUGUAGCUCCAACAGACAGCUGCUGCUCUGUGGCAUGCAUUCAGGCUCCAUCAGGGUUUACCCUCUGCAGCCUGGAGACCACGACCUCACCUCCAUACAGGCAUACUGGACCCUGAGCGUCCACGACAACCAUUACGGACACCUGCGGCACAUCCGCUGCAGCUAUGAUGACCACUUUGUGCUGACAGCGGGCGACGAUGGGAACAUCUUCUCCUUUAGCCUUCUCCCCCCAGAGGAGCUCCAGAAAAGUCUGCAGAGAAAGAGGGCCAAGAUUCCUUCACCAAGGGUCAGCAUCCGUUUAAAACUAAAGAAAUGUAUUUCCUGUCUUAUAAAAACUUAACUGUGAAGGAAUCAAACAGCAUUUCAUGCUGAGGUGCCUGUGCAAAGUAGACAAACUUAUGACGAUUCCAUCUAUCUGACUUAAAGAAAGGAGUAUCUACCAGUGUCUUAAACCAAAAGAAAGUAAAACAUGAUUAAACCAAACAAGUGGGCGGUGUUUGCUUCCAAUAGAUUGAGUAGAGCGGGAUGAAAGCGUCUAAUGAAAGCGUUAAAUGAUCAUGAUUUCAGAGAAUAGGAAACACAAUUAGUCCGAGAAACAGAAAAAAUUAGUCCGAAAAACAGAACAGAAAAAGUCACUCUGAAAAACAGAGCUUUUUUUUUGGUGAAUGCAGUACGCUUCCAUACAAUAGAGAUCAUAAAACUGAUUUAAUUUAAGAGAACUGCCUUAUAGUUGGGUGGUAGUGUUCAUCAUCUUGGUAAUACUAACUUUAUUCAUACUUUUAUUUUUACAGAGGGGUCUUGAGGAUGAGGCUUUGGCUCAGGACAUCGAGGACCCAGCAGCCUACAGGUGAGUGUCAAUAAUGUGUUGGACAUGGUUAGGUUCUUUUUAUGUUCAGUCAGCCCUCCUUGUUAUUUGUUUAAAUGUCACAUUUUUCUUCAUCUAAAACAAGAGGCAGCGAGAUAUCUAUACUCAACAGUAAAUAUUGUUCAAGAAAAUCUAAAAAUUUGAAGCUUUCCCUCUCUCUUAGCAUAGAGACGGCGAAACAGAAGCUGGAGAAGGACCAUCUGCGCCGAGAGGCAGAGCUGAAGAUCAGCGCGAAGCGUAAAAAGCUGGCAGAGCUCCAGAAGAAGUUCAAACAGCUGAUGGACAAAAACCAAAGACUGCCAGAGCACGUGCGCCUGAAACCUGAGGUACACAGACUCUAAAAGAGAGACUCCAAACUCUCUUGGUAUAGGUCUAAUUUUUCUUUGAGAGGUAUGGUUAGGUUAGUGAAGAUUGGACAAUACUUCAGGAAGCUUUAGUUUGCCAUUGUGGUGUUCUGAGUUAUGUGUUACAUUUGUGUGUUACAUUUUUUUUUUGUGUGUGUGAAGGAGCUGCAGCUGGACCGGCGGUUUACUGAACAAGCAGAGAGGGAGAAGGCUCAGCGAGUCAGGGGAGUCAGGAUGCAGAUGAGCUGGGAAGAGGAGCGCUGCAGCGUAGCUCUCAGCAAACUCCAGGACUGGUACUGACCAAACACGCACAUCCAAACAAAUCCAAGUACAAUGAAAUGUUUGUAAAGACAUGGUAACAGUUGUUUGUUAAGAUGUUUAUUUACAUAUUUUAAUAUAUUUUCCUUUUUUUUUUUUGGCCAUCCAUCUUCCUUGUUUGAGUCCCCUUUGUUAGUCCUAAGGAAAGUUGCAGGUUUAAGUCUCCUGCACUUUGACGUUUUAUUAUUCUGGUGUUUUGUUCUCAGGUUCAGGAGCUCUCUGGAGUCAACUGUGGUCACUGUGGUCGCAAUCUGCAGUGAGCACAGAGUCUCUACUUACCAUCUACCUGCGCUCACGAAAACUUCCACUCAGUUCAGCCCUCAGAGCACAGCUAGCCAGCCUGAUGAAGACAAAACCACUGUAACAGGACGCAGAAGAUCUAAAGCUGAACCUGCAAAGAACGGCAGCAAAUUAGAAGGUAGAUGAUCUUUGUGGGUUUCUUUCACCUGUCAAAGACAUACUUGACUUGCAUCUGUGUGUGUUUUCCAGGGGAGGUCGUGCUGUGCCCGCCAGUGGCUUGUUCUUCAGGUAUAAAGCUGGGAGAUCGACAGAUUGAGAGGCUCCGAAAGGCUGCAGAGAAAGCUGAGCAAGCUCGAGCCAAGAUAGAGAAGAGAAAACAGGAAUGGGCUCAACUGUGAGUGUCAUGUCACAACAUAAUCCCAAUCCUCUGCGCUGAAAUUAAAUUUCUUGGGGUUUCUGAAUCAUCUGUUAGAGAGUUGAGGCUUUAGAUGACUUUUGAUGCUGAUGUUGAACAUGUGCUCUUUCCUUAGUUAUGCAGAGAAACCAGACGAGAACUAUGAGGAUCCAGAGGACGUACAGGCCAUCAAAGAGGCCAGAGAGACCAUCGGAGACAUACAGCUGAAGUCAGACAAAGACUUUAAGAUGCCGAAACAGCUGAGGAUGAACGCUGAGAGGAAGAGGGCGGAGCUAACGAGCUUGGAGAAAAACGUACACAAAAACACACACAUACCCUGACUUUGGAUGGUUAAUCAGAUAUGAUGACCAACAGGUUAAUUAAUGUUAGACUAAUAAGCAUGAAUUGAAUCACUCUCUUCAUUCUAUCAGAUCCAUCAGAAGCAGACUGAGAUGAACCGACGUAUCGUGGCUUUGAGGGACUCCAAGGUUCGCUUGCGGUCUCAGCUGCGUGCUCAGGUUGAACAGAUAAAGAGGGUACAGCGGCAUUUACCAGCCCACCUCCAUCGUUCUCCGCCCACCCUCUUUACCAUUCUACCAGAGGAAACCCCAGAGAAGAGGAUGCAGUACAGCCGUGCCACCCUAGAGCGAUACCAGGUUCUGAGGGAGCAGAGGUACAGAGGCUUCAUGUCCAGUCUUAGACAGGAGUCGAGGACAAAAAUUGACUUGACAGGUUAAGAGUAAACCACAUAUUAAUUUUACACAUUAAUUUUACAGGCUCAAAAGUAUAGAGGAGGAAGAGGAUACAGGCGUAUUGGAGCAGCUGCAGAAGGAGUUGGAGGAGGAGGAGAAAGAGAGGGAAGAGAGAGAGACACUCAGACUGUCAGAUUUAUCUAAAGAAAAGGAGGAGACAGCAGGAAACGAAGGAGCAGAGAUGACUGAGCUGGAGGAGGAGCUGAAGAAAGAGGAGGAGAUCAGACUUCUGCAUGAGCAGGACUCUCUUCUUGAACAGGUCUGUUAUUUUGUUCCCUUUGACAAGAGAAAAAAGGCGACCAAAUUUAAGUGCUUUGACAUGAACAAAAUAUAUAUUCUAUCGAUCAUCUCUGUCUGACAGCUCAUGAUACUAAAGUAUAACCUGUGUGAUCGUAUGAUUUUGUUCGUGUCGUUAUCAGAUGGAGAACUCGGUGUGUCAGUUUGACGCUGAGCUCCGCCUCCUGCUUCACGAGAAGUUGCGUCUGGAUUGGCAGCUGAAGAUGUCCGAGCUCCAUCAGCUGACGCUGUAUCAGGAGCUGCUGAUUGUCAAGGUGUUUGAGAAGACGGAAGACAGUCUGCAGGAGAAACUCGAUCUAUGUAUCAAGGAGGAAGACGACGUCAAGGUGAGAGACAGUUUAAGUAUCAGGUUCAUUGAGACAAUCUCAUCCUUUAACAGCUGUGUCCUUUGUUUUUUAUGCUAUACUUUGUUCAAUAUUACUUAUCAUUCUUCUGAGUUUACUACAGUGAUCAGGGUUUCUAGUUUAUACGAUGGCUGUGUUUGUUUCCUUUACUCAUGAAAAAAAAUCCAACCUGAAGCUAAUUUUCAUGUUUAAAGACUGUUUCUCUUUUUCUGUAAAUGUACAUUUUUGAUACUUUUCCUCACCGCAUGAUCUGAAACGGUCUAAUCUUGACUUAAUUUAGGUUUGAUGGUAUAGAAAGUACCAAAUAAUUCAUCAGCUGUAUAUCAAUACUCAGAUUUGGGUUUUAUUGUAUACAUUAAUGAUUUAUCCUGCUCACUUUCACAAGUCGAAAAUUCAUGACUAUUCAUGUAAUUUCAAUUUUUUUUAGCUCAAAAUUUUGACUUUAAUGUUGAAUUUUUGAUUUUUUUUGAUUUAGACUUUUUUUAAAAUUUCGACUUUAAUCUCAAAAUCUCCCUCCUGUAAUAUUUUUUUUUCUUUUCUUGUGGCCCUCAUCCUCCUCCGUACACAGUCAGCUGUAUCACAGCGGUUAACAGAUUCUUAUGGCCUUGGUUCUCCCUCCCUCUCUUUCCUACAGUCGAAGCUGGAGGAGUUGAAUGAACUACUGGAGCUGAAGUCGGCAGACAUAGCCCAGCUGCAGGAGAGAGGGAAGGCUCUGUUUGCUGCCUUUCAGGCCUCACUUGGACAGGAGAACGAGUUUGAAGAGUUCCUGACCAAAGUCUACAAGAAGAAAAUCCAUCGUGUGAAGAAGAAACUGACAGCAGAUGAGGGUGAGAGAGAGAGAAACAGAAGAGCACAAUGUCAAGUUUAUCUUUGAUCGCUGUACAUGGUGUGUCUGUGUUUGCAGAAGAGGAGGAGGUUAGUGAUGAAGACUCUGAUGAAGACUUGGAUGAUUACAGUGACGUGGAUGACAUUAGUAGUGAUGAUGAUGACGAUGAUAUUGAUACCAGCACAGAGGAAGGUGCUCAGGACCUCAGUGUUUGCCCUUCAGGUUAGUAUUGUGUGGACUAGUGUGGUCAUUUCCUUACACACUUCUCUAAAGUAGACUCCUAUAUUUCUACAUUAUAAGAGGGAACGAACAUUUCAGGUGUUUAAGAAGAGCACAUGUGCGCUUCUUUGUGGCCUAUGGCUUCAGCUUACCAUCAAAUGAAACUUCUGCUGCACAACUUCUGAUCUGCAUCCUCACUGUUUCAUCUUCAAACAAAAGAGCUGACCGUCAUCCAUGAUCCAAAAUGUGCAACACAAUAAAUAUUCUGAAAUUUGCUGUUUCAGUCAGGCCAGGAAUGUUAAUUGAAGAGGUUGCACAUGCAUAAUACGAUACGAUACAACAUGAUACGAUACGAUACGGUACGUUAUGAUACGAUACACUUUCUUGUCCCCUUUGGAAAAUUUGCCUUGGACUCCAAGAGCUGCACAGAUAAAGCUGCCAACUGAUGACACAACAUAAGACAUAAGACAUAAGAAAAGAGCGUCUUAAACGUGACCUAAUCUGAUUCAUAUGAAAACCCUAGAACUAGCAAGGACUUGAAGAUUCCAGACUGGUGGCAUUUGUGUUUUAGAUAUGAGGCAUUUAGUAAAGACUCACCUCAAGUUUGAGGGUUCUUAACUUCAGCUGUGAUACAGAAAAUCUUGUGUGUGUGCACCUGUGUGACAGGCUGUGAUCCAGAGUUAUUUGAGAACACGCAGCAGUUACGAGAGCGCCGGAUGGACCUAGAGGAACUUAUUGCUGAGGAAAAGAUGAGUGCCACAGCUCUGAAGAGGGAGCAAGACAAUCUCGUCAUGAAGGUCAAACUUAUAUCUGUGUUUUUUCCUCAUCACAUCUCUCUCUCUCUGCGUUCUCUCAUGGCACACAUCCUGCCUGUGUGUCCUAGUGUUUUAUUUGUGUUUGUCCCUUUAGGAGGAAGUUAUAAGGAGCAACCGUAAAGCAGCAGAGGACAACAUAGAGUCAGUCUACAGGGAGAAACAGCAGAAAAUCAACGAACUGGACGUGGUAGUUCCUCUCAGACUAAGUCAGGUAAACAGACAAAAGUCAAAGAGCUACUGAUGACCAAAAAGAAAUACAUAACUUGGCGUUAAUUAAAAGUGAUUUGGUUUACAGAUUGAGUUCUCCACCAAUGGCUCAGUGCCGUCUGACCUGAGCCAAGCGCUGGUUCUGGAUAGGACAGAGCUGAACCGACUGCAGAAGCGAAUCAAGCAGCUGCAGUUGGAGGAUAACCAUCAGAGAGAUCUGUACUGUGCAGCCCGAAAGCAGCAUGUCAAACUCCUCAAGGAGGGCAAGGACAUGAGUGCCAAAACCCAUGGUGAGAGUCGUCUUAAUAGUUAACAUGAAAUAUAUGAUAAGUUUAUUACAAAUAUCUAUAUAAUGGGUAAGUGUGAUUAAGAAAGAGAGGUCAAGAAAGAAGAAUUCCUGCCAGAGAAACAUUUGCACAUAUGAAUCGAUGCGUGUUUUUAGCGUGUGUUUGUGUGUUGUUGCAGUUCUGAAAGAGCAAUGCAACCAGCUGAUGAUGCUGAAGUUUGGGAGGCUGGUGGACCUGGAGGCCCUGCAGACGCUGUCAGGGAACAGGAAACUGGAGGAGCUCAGACAGGAGAAACUCCUCAAGGAAGCCGCAUACAGAAAAGAAAUCAAAGAGUGUGAUGUAAGCUGUGUUUGUGUCUCUGUGGCUUCUCUUUUGAAUGGUAUUUUUUUGUCAUCUUCUUCCAACAUGUAUAAGAAACUUUUUAGAAACUAAUGAAGAAUCUAUGUAUUGAUUUUUAUUUUUGUGUUUUUGUGACUGUGACUGUUCAAUUUAGGAGAAGGUAGAGAAGGCACGUGACAAUCUGACAGAGGCGAACAAGCAGAGCGCAUUGUGUCUCCGCAGCAUGGUCAGCCUCUACAAACAGAAGGCGGACCUGGAGAAUAAACUCGACGCUCGACAGAAGAAAAGGGUAAAUUCUGUUUUAUUUAUAGUGAAUGUUAAAGGUGGGGUAGGCAGGAUCUGAGGAAGUGCCAGUUUUUGGGAGAAAUCUUGAAUGUAAACUCUGCCCCUCCCAACAAGAGUAUUUAUCUCUGUUGCAUUUGUACUUUUGGAGUUGUACAAACAAACACGUUUUUGAUUUAUUUAACUUUGAUUUAUUCAGCUGUGUCUGAAGAACAGCAAAAUCUCAUUACUGAAUUACACUCAAGGAUAUCCGUGUAUCAUUAAGUAGGGAACAGACUACUUUGAAUUAGGGAGUCAGAUGAGAUAAUUACAGAGAUGGUCAAAGAGGCGUAAUACAAAAAUACUAACUUAAAACAGUUGCAGUCUUUUAUCAAAUCUGAUGCCCUCUUUGGACAAAGCUGUACAUCAUAUCUCAUUGCUGAUUUUAUCCUGUGCAUGUUUAGUUUGAAAAAUAUCAUCAAAUUGUUUUAUGGACCACUAAUCUAGAAACUUUUAAUGCUUCUCACAUCAUCUGUAUAUUAAUGAUCUCUUUGGUUUUUGUGUAGCAUAGAGAAGCAGCUAUCAUUAUUUUUAUGUUUGACCACCACCUAAAAACUCCUCUGCGGUCUUGAAAGUCAGUCAGGGUUUUGACUCGACUUCUAAAAAAUGACCCCCUGAAAUAAAAAAGGCUCCCAACUGGUCCUCAGUAUGACUUUGUGCGUUCAAACCUUUUGAUCAGACCACUCAGGUUGUAUGAUAAGAUCAGGAAUAAACAGGGCUAGCAGGUUUGAACCAGCCUGGUUUCACUUUUAUGAGCUUGUAACCCUUUAGACUUGCGUUGGAGGGAUACUAUACUCUGUUCUCUUUGAAUAGAAACAAGUCAACCCACUUUCUGUUUUUUUAACAAAGAAUACAGUAUUAAUGAGCAGGUUUGUCAGAGUGUAUAUUACCUUUACAGGGAUGUUUGUGUCUUUCCAGGGGAGACAGUUCAUGGAUCACAACAGACAUGUGGUCCAGGAGGACAUACAAAGGCUCAAGGACAUGGUGAAAAUGCAGACCCAGGAGGCCGAGGCCCUCAAGAGGGAGAUUUGCCUGCUGUCUCAUCAAGGAGGCCACAUUUUGCCCCCCGGCCAGCACUCGCUGCCCCCUCUUGAUCCCUUGCGUACACACAAGCCGCGCCACAACAAGAGCUAUUCAGCCAGGGACAGAGGUCAGAAGAAACAUACACAGAGACUGCAGUGGGGGAGCUCUGCUCACUAACAGCACCUUCAUGAAAAAUCCCAAAGAUUAAAAAGUGCUUAAACCUGUUGGUUGUUGAGAUUACUUGUAAUUCAGGAUUAUAUGAAGAGAGGAGAUGGUUUGAUUUGAUUUGGGAAUGGCAUAAUAUACUUAUUACGUCCAUCAGCUGUAUUAUGUCCAUGCUUGAAAAUGUUAAGCGAUGUACUGUAUAUCUUAAUGUUUAAGUUUAUGUCUAAAAAAAUGAACCAAAUGCAGAGUUGCAUAAAGUUCUUCUCUUCAUUUACCAUUUUUGCAGCCUUGAUGUAACAUUAUUGCCUCUACAGAUCACUCCCUCGUUCAUUUCAACCAUAUUUCAACCAGGCACUGAGGUCAAGAGCAAGUCAUAAGAGAGAAAAUUUAGCCUGCAAAAAAGCAGCAUCAUUAUGAAGGAAUGUGAACUAAAGCGUCCACAAUAAAGAGGAAAACUUAGUCAAGGGAGACACCUAGUGGUUUAACAGAGACAUGGGGGACAAGUUUGGUGAAACUGGGAUGUGAAGAAGUGCGAGUGUAGACACUGGGAAAUCUUUCAAAAAACGAGUUUGGGCUUGUGUUGCCAUGCUGCAUUCAGAGACAAGUUCUUCACUUCACAGAAGACUACAAAUCUAGACAAAAAGCUCCCUGAAUGAUUAAACUAGCACCGCAGGAAACACAGAAUGGAUGCCCAAACUUAGAAGUUAAACCAAACAAAUUCAUGGUGCCAUUUAGAUUGUAAUGUUUAAAAAACAAUUAGUCCUUAGAAAUUGCCAUUAGCUAACAUGGUUCACUCAUUUUAUUUUGAUAUUUCUUUACAAUAAACUCUAUUAAUUCUUCCAGGAACAACUCAUCCAACAACAAGCUGCUCCUGUUUCAUACAAAUAUGAACAUUUUCACAGCAGAAUCAAACAUGUUUUAAGACAAGAUAUACAUUGUUGGCCUCUCAGGGUCAUUGUUCCAAUCAUGACAACUGUUCAAUAUGUUCAGUGUGCAAAGUUUCCAUCUAAAUCCAAGAAUAUUUGUCAAAAUUGAGAUAUUUAUUUGAAAAGCUGACCUCACGUGUAUUUUCCCAUCUCUGGGGAGCAAAGCAUACUGAAGGUGUUGUUUUCUUUUAGAUAUUAUGAAAAAGGCAUCAAUGUUAAUCUCUGUUUUUUUUUUUUUUUUAUAUAUAAAAGUUAAGAAAAACUCCUCAUGGGGGCUUUUCAUGUUAGGAGGGUUGAAAAAAUCUGACUUUUUCAAGACUAAAUAAUUCUAUGAUUUAUGAUUUAUCAAGAACUUAGUGAAAACUUUCCACGAGUUCUAAAGUCACAAAAGCAAGACUGUGUUUUCAGUGAGAAAAUGCCCAUUCACUAAUUCUGAUUAUUAUGAUGUUAUCAAUCAUAACACAGCUACGAUGGUUUUUGACCUCAGGAAGUAGACAGUCCCAGUUUGAGGUGUUUUCAAUCAGAGGGUCCUUGUCCUCAGUCUGUCCACAGUUAAAGCUCCAUCGUGGAUUUCACAGAGUGGCCAGUUCCUGCAGCAGCCUCUCCUUCUCCCGCUGCAGUUCCACGAUGCUCUGCUUGUUCUGCUCCAGUCGGUCCUCCAGCCACUGCAGCAGCGGCCCACUCACCGCGGACAUCUGGCUACACAGGUUCUUCGUGAACACCGACCCGUUGUGGAUCUUCGUGACGGGGUCCAGGUGCGCCAGGCUGUGGAUCUUGCGAUAGGUGUCCUGCUCCUCCUGACACAAGAUGCGUGGAAGCUCCACGGCGGAUUCGAGACACACUUUCCCGAUGGCUUCGCGAGGCACGACGUGUAUCGGGAUCUCCACGCGCUCGUACUCGGAGCCUUUCUGCGCCUGCACGGACUGGAAGCAGGUGUAGAGCACGCGACCCGUCUUCGUGUUCUUGUCCUCGAUGAAGCAGGAGAAGAUGAGGCCCACGAAGCACUGGUCCAGCAUCUGGUACAUGGCCUGGGUCCUCACGUCGACGUGUGACGGCCAGACGGUGAUGUGUGGGUGGGAGUGGUACCAGCCCACCACCCGCAUGGGUUUGCCGGUAAUGUCGGCCAGUCUCUCCGCCUCCGUGGACGCCGCGGACAGCUGCUCAGGAGAGAUCUCCACCCGGUCCUUCCUCUUGUCGGAGCGGCGGAGAAUGAUAACAGAGUGGAUGUGGACGAUACGAGUGACCUCCACCUCUCCGAUACACAAACCCAUCACCUCCUCUUUCUCGGUGCUCAACGCGUGAUUCAUACACACCAGGAAGGCGUCAGACUCCAGGUGAACCGCACUCACAGCCAUAUUGUUUUAAAAAGUUCUGUUUCUCCACCGUGUUGAGUCAGGGGGGAAAAACAUAAACAGAGCAGCGACGCUUCACUUCCGCAUUCUGUGUGCCACAGUUUAGUACUCCGUUCUUCGUAAACAAUGGUUCCGCUGUAAGCUUUCGAGGCAAAGACCUGCUUUUCUUUGGAACAUGGGGUAGAGUGGGGUAAGAUGAGCCAUUUUUUUCAUAUUUUCGGAUCACUACAUAAAGGAAAUCAUAGUUUUGUCUCUAACUAGUGAAUCUACAUAUAUUUGAAGAUGUUGUUCAUCCCUGCAAACCAACAAAAACAAAAACACUAAAGUAACAGUCUUAAUAAUUUUAACAGCAAAUGUUCACAAUGAGAGAUAGAUCUUUGGAUGUUAGGUUAGAUAACUACAGUUGUAAAAUCUAAGCCAACAUGGACCCAUAGUUAUUAUUAUUAUUAUUAUUACUAUUAUUAUUAUUAUUGAAAGCUUUUUGAGAAAAUGAUAAAGAAAAAAUAAGAGCACAAUCAGAACAAUAAACAAACAUAAAUAUAUCUGAAUAAAUGGCUUUUAAGCUGCUUUUAGCCUGCCACAGUGUGCACUACUCUUUAACCAAUUGGCAAAUAGUUUAAGAGUGUUUGAGCUACAACUGCAAAUACAGAGUCUCCAUAAGCCUGGAGUGGAGGACGGCCAACAAACCCUGGACAGAGUCCUACUGGGAGUUUAAGACAUAAAUGCUAUUUAAUAUAGGCAGGUGCCUGUCCAUGCAGGGCUUUGAAAUUGAUAAGAAGAAUUUUGAGUUGGAUUCUGAAUUUUAUAAGUGGCCAGUAUAGACAUGAUUCAGUGUUACAUAAGAUCUUUUGGAGGAUUUUGUGAGUAUGUCUGCAAAUAAGAAAACUAGAUUUUACAUAUUACUAAGGCUUAUAUUGUUUACAAGCAACAACUGAACCCAACACUUAUGCGGCAGCAGCAGAAAGUUCGAUGGCACACCUGCUAACACACUCAUCAGCAACCAAUAUGUUCAAUAUGAGCCUUAUUUCAUGUGUAAGUAUAUUUAUAUUGUUUUCUUCUUCUCAAGUAUGAGUUUAAAAGACAUUUACUUCUUAUCUUUGCAAGUACCCAAACUUUUCAAAGUCACAGAUUUUUUUUUGUUUAGAAUCUGUCUUUAUUUGGCUUAUGUGAAAAUGGAGGAAGAGGAGGAGAUAAAGACAUCUCUCAUGCACAGCUCUUGUGGAACAAGGAGCUGUCUUCAUAGGCUUUCGUCAGCUUCAGGAGAUCUUGAUGUUUGUGAGCCCUGAAGGACCUGCAGAAAUCCACAGAGUAGUUCUCAGUCAGACUCUGCGGUUGGAGGCAGCAGCAGCAGGACUGAAGUUGGAGGCUUGUUUGGCAGUGAAUUCAGCAAAAGAUUUGGGCAGAGGACAAGGGUUCAGGCAGGAGGACUCUGACACCGGGGGCCUGUGCAGCUCUCUGUCUGGAUCUGCAGGUGGAGGCUUAAACUGCAGUAAGAGGCUGAGGCUGCAGGCGGGGGCAACAGUUUUCAGUGGGCUUUCCAGAGGCUUGUGUAGAUGGAGGUAACUUCUGCAACUGUCUGUGCACCAUCUGCAGGUGGAAGCAAAGGAACAGACUUCUUGCAGAUGACAGAAUUGGCGGAGGUCUUAGCCGGUGUUUGGUCAAAUUCGGUUCAGGCUUCAGCUCUCUACCCCAACUUGAAGGGGGAGGCAUCUACCAGUGGAGGUCUUAUCCGGUGUUUGGUCAUGUUCGGUUCAGGCUUCAGCUCUCUACUCACACUUGCAGGGGGAGGCAUCUGCCAGGUGGUAGUUGGAUGUGAGGCUGAAACUGUGUGACAUUUUUAAGGUGGAGGACAAAGCUGGAGGUUGCAUGACGUGGAGACUGAAGUGGAGGUCUGUGGUGUUCCUCUCAAAGAUUGCAGACUUAAAACUACAUAUUUACAUAUUUACAUAUUUACAGUUGAACUCAUAUGAUGUCUUGAUUAGUUCAACUUCCUCUGUCUUUUGACAGGAGGAGUCUUAGGCUGUGGUUCGUCGGAAGUGUCAAUAUAAUAAUGGGGAGGAUUGAAUUGCUCCCCGUAUGACACAUCCACAUGCACGAGUCCAUUCUCAUCAACUGACUCCGUGAAAGAGGGACGGUCCAGCUGCUCCCAGAGCUUCUGUUUGAUCAGCCUUCCCCGCUUGAAGCUGAAGGGACGAGCACGUCCAUUCUCAAAGCUGUGAAGAGCAAAAGAAACAGAAAUGAAAUCAUAACCACACAUAAGAUGAAAAGUCAUCUAUUGGAGACGUAUAAAGGGCGAGAGAUUUGAUCUUUCUGUUCAAACAUACUUCAGCAUGUCGUCCACCACUCGAUGAUAGAGCAGCUGAUACUCCUCCACUGAGCGGUUGUGGAUCUUCAGCUCAGUGUCAGGCUGCACUGGAGGGGUGGAGAGCCGGGGGACAGGGGCCACACUGGAGGCUGGAGGCAGCUCUUCAGGGGAGAUGGGAGACAGAGACCUCGGGACCAGGGGGUGUUCAGGAGCUCCUGGUGGAUGAGCCACAGAGGUCCUCUUCCUCUUUUUAGGAGGUGUGACGGUUGGAGCAGAGUGCUGCUGCUUUGGGUUCAAUAAUUUAAGGAGGAAAAUGAACAUAAGAGAAGAUGUUAGAGAGCAGGAAACUUUUAUACGACAUGUUUUAGGAGAGAAGGCAGCAUUAGAUGCACAAACACAGGUCCUCUUUCACAGCAGGCUGCAAAAAGAACUUCUGAUUCUACAUGUAGUUGUUUUAGGCUUUUGUUAAAAAAUGUAGCACCCUUUUGUUUUCUUGUGUUUAUGAAGAUCUAAUAUCAUACCUGCUCAGAUCCACAGCAUGGACACCCUCUGUGAACUCUCUGCUGCCCUUUUUUUCCUGCAAGGCGAGCAGAGGCUCUUUGUCUGUCACCGGAGGCCUGGUCUUGUAGAUCAACCGUACCAACACACUGUACGCACACAUGGAUACACGCAUGUCAGAAUCAGUAACACAGGUCGUCACUUUAAUAGUUUUUUGCUGCAUAAACAGCCUGAUCGGUCUCUGAUUCCUCAGCUUUUCUGGUGUCUGGAUGGUUUACUAUCUGGAUGUAAUUUCAGUGUACUGGAAAUAUUAUGAAUAUUCAGUUUUUAAGGUUACGUAAUUAAACAAGAUCAAUGCUAUGAACUUAAGGCAUCAAUUUGUCCUCUAAGGUUUAAAAAACUACAACAAUGCAAACUAAAACGUCCAACCUCAGGGUAGUGUUUUCUUCUUCUCAAGGAUCUGGUGUCUUAUGUACUUAUUGAACUAUAGAAAUGCUAGUAAAGUUUAAGCAUUUUAAAUUAUUUGCCAACCCUUACAUUGGCUGAGACACGAGGAGUCUCAGGCUGUGGUUCGUCGGAUGUGUCAAUAUAGUAAUGGGGAGGAUUGAAUCGCUUCCCGUAUGACACAUCCACAUGCACGAGUCCAUCCUCAUCAACUGACUCCGUGAAAGAGGGACGGUCCAGCUGCUCCCAGAGCUUCUGUUUGAUCAGCCUUCCCCGCUUGAAGCUGAAGGGACGAGCACGUCCGUCCUUAAAGCUGUGAGGAGCAAAAGAAACAGAAAUGAAAUCAUAACCACACAUGAGAUGAAAAGUCAUCUAUUGGAGACGUAUAAAGGGCGAGAGAUUUGAUCUUUCUAUUCAAACAUACUUCAGCAUGUCGUCCACCACUCGAUGAUAGAGCAGCUGAUACUCCUCCACUGAGCGGUUGUGGAUCUUCAGCUCAGUGUCAGGCUGCACUGGAAAGGUGGAGAGCAGGGGGACAGGGGCCACACUGGAGGCUGGAGGCAACUCUUCAGGGGAGAUGGGAGACAGAGACCUCGGGACCAGGGGGUGUUCAGGAGCUCCUGCUGGAUGAGCCACAGAGGUCCUCUUCCUCUUUUUAGGAGGUGUGACGGUUGGAGCAGAGUGCUGCUGCUUUGGGUUCAAUAAUUUAAGGAGGAAAAUGAACAUAAGAGAAGAUGUUAGAGAGCAGGAAACUUUUAUACGACAUGUUUUAGGAGAGAAGGCAGCAUUAGAUGCACAAACUUAGGUCCUCUUUCACAGCAGGCUGCAAAAAGAACUUCUGAUUCUACAUGUAGUUGUUUUAGGCUUUUGUGAAAAAAUGUGGCACACUUUUGUUUUUUCUUGUGUUAAUGAAGAUCUAAUAUCAUACCUGCUCAGAUCCACAGCAUGGACACCCUCUAUGAACUCUCUGCUGCCCUGUUUUUCCUGCAAGGCGAGCAGAGGCUCUUUGUCUGUCACCGGAGGCCUGGUCUUGUAGAUCAACCGUACCAACACACUGUACGCACACAUGGAUACACACAUGUCAGAAUCAGUAACACAGGUUGUCACUUUAAUAGUUUUUUGCUGCAUAAACAGCCUGAUAGGUCUCUGAUUCCUCAGCUUUUCUGGUGUCUGGAUGGUUCACUAUCUGGAUGUAAUUUCAGUGUACUGGAAAUAUUAUGAAUAUUCAGUUUUUAAGGUUACUUACUUAAACAAGAUCAAUGCUAUGAACUUAAGGCAUCAAUUUGUCCUCUAAGGUUUAAAAAACUACAACAAUGCAAACUAAAACGACCAACCUCAGUAACACAGGUCUUCACUUUAAUAGUUUUUCGCUGCAUAAACAGCCUGAUCGGUCUCUGAUUCUCUAGCUUUUCUGGUGACUGGAUGGUUUAUUAUCUAG